AUAAAGUUAUUUGAACAGUUCAACAUGGCGGCGGUGGACGUGACGGUGGAGAGGCUGCUGUCUCUGUGGAGGACACCGGCUCUCAGGCUCUACUUCCCCGGGGUCUUCGUGCUACUGACGGUGCUGGGCUCCGUGCUGAAGGAGCUGGAGCUCGUCCCGGAGACUUACUUCAGCAGCAGCCGGAACCUGCUGAACGUGUAUUUUGUCAAAGUGUCCUGGGGCUGGACGCUGCUGCUGCUGACGCCCUUCGUCCUCCUCUCCAACUCCUCCUUCAGCCGGAGCCCCUCCUUCCUCGGCCGGCGGCUGCUGUCCCUGGCGGUGGCGUCGGCCGUGUGGUACGUGUGCACGGAGACCUUCUUCUACAUCGAGGACGUGACCGGCUCCUGCUUUGAGACCUCCUCCAUGGAGGCGGUGAACUCGGAGCUCACGACCAAAGUGUCCUGCAGGCGCGCCGGCUUCCACUGGUGGGGCUACGACAUCUCGGGACACUCCUUCAUCCUGUGUUACUCCGCCCUCUUCAUCGUGGAGGAGAUCGUGCCCAUGGCCUCGGUGAAGACAGCUGGACUGUCCCCGCUGCCCCGGCUGGUCCUCAACCUGCUCUACGUGGCCUUGAACCUGCUGGUGAGCCUCUGGGUGUGGAUGUUUGCCUGCACCUCUGUUUACUUCCAUGAGUCGAUCCAGAAGUGGCUGGGCACCACGUGUGCUCUGCUGGCCUGGUACCUCACCUACCGGGUCUGGUAUCUAAACCCCUUGUCUCCAGGACUCCCCCCUCAGCGCCACCCGAAGGAGGAGAAGCAACACGCCUGAGCUGCACUCAAACAAUCCUCCACCACGUUGUUUCUCACAUUUCCGACACACUACAGUAGAUGUUCUGUCUCCAGGUCCGAGCUGUCUCACUACUCUAACUUAUAGAAAGGUCAUCUUGUGCAGGAGGGCCGGCUGGUGGCUCCUCCUGGUGGCUCCUCCUGGUGGCUCCUCCUGGUGGCUCCUCCUGGUGGCUCCUCCCGGUGUCAGGCAGCUGCCGUUCCCAAAAUGACUCCUGGUAAUCUGAGAUAAACACAUGCCGCUGCCUCCUUUGUCCAGCUCCUCACAUUCAGCCUCUGUAGCUGCUCUCAGACCUGCUCUGAACUCCAGAUGUUCUCCUGAAAUUAUCCAGAGGGACUGAAUGUGAGAAAGCACAUGUCCAAGUCUUUUCUUGUCAGCCCCCCCCCCCCC